AUAAUUCUUUUUAAGUGCAAAAGAUUUUUGUUGUUUUAAGCUUUAUUUGAAGGGAGAGAACGAUCUUCCAUCUUCUAGUUCACUCCCCAGAUGGCCCCAAUGGGCCAGAUCAAGCCAGGAGCCAGGAGCUUCUUCCUGGCCUCCUAGGUAGGUGCAGGGGCCUAACGACUCGGGCCAUCCUUUAGUUCUUUCCCGGGUGCAUUAGCAGAUAGCUGGAUCUGAAGUGGUACAGUCAGGACUCAAGGGUCGCCCAUAAGGGAUGCUGGCGGCAGCUUAAACUGCUGUGCCACAGCGCCGGACCCAGUGACAAUUCUUAAACCAGGUGAUGGUACUUUACCCUUAAUGUAAGACUUGCUAUUUACAGCCCAAUACAGGGAAGAGAAAGGUUGCAAGUAGAGGUGAAAACUGCUCAUGCAAACGCACCACUAAAACCCUACGCCGCACACAGAGCUGUGUCCGGUACCUACAGACCACUGAUUAACACCGGGUCAGCCGGAAACGUGCCGCCUCUCAAGCAGGCAUUUCAACAACCCGUUGACUCUGGGUAGUGUAAGUGACGGUCAUCUAGAGAAGGUAAAUGGCAUCACUGGUAUUAGUGAAAAAGAACGGAAAUACACUAAGUGACAACAGGAGCCCUCUGGCAGGAGCAGGGCGCUCCAUUCGUGGCAGCAGACUCCGCCCGGGUCCCUGCACUUCCGGCCUGGCCCCCGAGGAGCUCCAGCCUUGCCGCCUGAAAGUUGAGCGUGCACGCAAUAGUCCCGCCCCGUAUCUCGUGGGAAAGGCGGGACUUCCUUAGCUCUUGCGUCAUAUCUAGUGCGACGAAAGACGUCACCGGCUUGACUAGAAAGGUCAAGCGCACGCACUUACGUCUGUGUCUUCGGCGCAUGCGCGUGAUGGUCUCCGCCCAGAGGCACGCGCCGUAGGUUCUCUGGGGUGCGCGCACUGGACUCUUCCGUGGAGCAGAAAUGCUGUGCCGGCUGGGCGGUCGGAGCGUCCGGCAGGUUUCUGCCGCGCUGCUCCGAGCCUCAGGCCCGCCGCUACUGCCGGCGCCGACGAGCGGCGCCCAGCGUCCCGCUCUCCCACUGUGGUCAGUGGCGUCGGUGUCUGCGGUCGGCGCGAGCGGCUGGUAUGAGGCGCUGGCCGCCUCGGCGCCCGUCCGCGGCGCGGAGGAAGCGCUGCUCGCCGCGCACGCCGCCACGGGCCUUCCGUGGUGGGGCAGCAUCUUGCUCACCACCGUGGCCUUGCGCGGCGCCGUCACGCUGCCCCUGGCCGCCUAUCAGCACUACGUUCUGGCCAAGGUGGAAAAUUUGCAACCAGAAAUAAAAAGCAUCGCCAGCCGUCUUAACCAAGAAGUUGCAUUGCGUGCAAAUCAGUUGGGGUGGUCCAAAAGAGUUGCCAGGCUCACUUAUCUAAGGAAUAUGAAGAGGCUUGUUUCAGAACUGUAUGUUCGGGAUAACUGCCACCCGUUCAAAGCCACAGUCUUGGUUUGGGUUCAGCUUCCCAUGUGGAUCUUCAUGUCUGUUGCUCUGCGGAAUUUUAGCACAGGGGCAGCACAUUCAGAAGCAGGUCUUUCUGUUCAGGAGCAGUUUACUACUGGAGGGGUCCUUUGGUUUCCUGACCUCACUGCACUGGAUUCCACUUGGAUUUUGCCUGUGUCUGUUGGUGUCAUCAAUUUAUUAAUAGUGGAGAUUUUUGCUCUACAGAAAGCUGGAAUGUCUCGUUUUCAGAUGUACAUCACCCACUUUGUCCGCACACUGUCAGUUUUGAUGAUUCCAAUUGCUGCAACCGUCCCUUCAGUGAUCACUUGCUCUCUACUGGUUGUGCUCCAGCUUCAUGGGCCUCUCCCAGAACUUGCUGCUGCGUUCUCCUGGAUUUCGCCGGCUCUGCCGAAUACCGUUGACCAAGUCAGAUUCAGACACUCCCUAUAAAGACCUGUUUGCUGCCUUUUAUACCAAGUUCCUUCUAAGAAAAUGACAUAUUUUUCAGUAAUUUUGAAACCAUGUAAGAGUCACUGUUAACUGUAAUGUAUUUAGAUUUAGAAACCAGUGUAUUAUUUAAUUUGCCAUUGCUUAAACUUGUAAACUCCUCAAAGUAUGGUGGAUUAAAGUGUAAUCCAGAUAUAUGUGAUAAUAAUAAAAAUCAUUUAAGUGUUAGAAAUGUAGUCUGUAUAAUUGUAAAAGAAUGUAAAAAUGGAACCCAAGUGUUUAUCCCUGUUUAUAAAAUUACAGUGCCAGACUUUGAAGAACAAGAUUAAAUACUGAAUGAUGUCAUAUUGUACAAAACUGUCCCACGCUUUAAUUUUUUGUAAAAUAAGAGGAUCAUGUGAUGUGACUGCUAAUAUUCUGGUGGUAGGGAGGGUUAUAGACCUAUUUAAGCGUCUGAUAAAAGUUUUUCUCGUCAAGGAAAUCCCAGCACUCGCAGUAUAAGGACAUUGAUUGACACCUCUGAAGGUAUUGUGUUAAAUCCUAGUAGAAGUCUUAGCCUAGUGAAACAUAACAUUGAAUUUGGGUAAAAAACAGGUUUUUUUUUAAGAUUUAUUUAUUUAUUUGAAAAAGUUACACACAUAGAGAGAAGGAGAGGCAGAAAGAAAGAGAGGACUUCCAUCCGCUGGUUCACUCCCCAGUUGGCCACAACAGCCAGAGAUGUGCCAAUCCGAAGCCAGGAGAGGAGCCUGGCACUACUUCUGUGUCUCCCAUAUGGGUGCAAGGGCCCAAGGACUUGGGCUAUCUUCCAGUGCUUUCCCAGGGCAUAGCAGAGAGCUGGAUCAGAAGUGGAGCAGCCAGGCCUCGAACCAGCACCCAUAUGGAUGCCAGCACUGCAGGCAGCGGCUUUACCUGCUAUGCCACAGCACCAUCCCCAAAACAAGAGAUCUUGAAGUGUGAUCAUCCAAGCAUACAAGUACCUAAUGUGUAGAUAAUGUUGCCUUUCAGCUUUGCUGUAAAACAAUUUAAAAACUGUACAUCCUUUUGUAAUUUGAGAAGUCUGGAAUACAGAGUAUG